AUGGCAGAUGGUCGAGCCGCGCUUCGUGCAGAUGGCUUUCACCGGCUCACACCUUUUCUAAGUCUUCACUUCGAGGCAAAGCGUCUUGCAUUGGCCAUGACGAUUUGGAUGUUCUAUGAUCUAAUCAUUACUUUACCUCAGAACAUUGGAUAUAUCCGCCCGGAAACGUGGACCCUGGGUAGAUCCCUCUUCGUUCUCAACCGAUUUCUGGUUCCUAUUUUAAUGCUUCUAAACGCAGUGUCACUGAUGAUCCCGGAACCCUCGAACGCAUGUGACCUCUUGAUCGAUACAAAACACUCAUUACCGUAUAGCUGCUCGUUUGUCCCGUGGUUAAUGACAUUGGGUAACUGGCUAGUUACGGUCUGUCUUGGAGCAUUACUCCUCGCCCGCGUUCAUGCUUUAUGGAUGCAGCGGUGGAUCUUGGUCGCUUUGAUUGCAUUCUUCGUCCUCGUCUUUUGCGGCAACUUUGUCUUUCUCGCGUUUGUGGCAUCGAAAAGUGUCGGCCUACCGAACCCCUUUCCCCGACCUUUCACAGGAUGCAUAUGGUUCCCCAUGUCCCGCUUUCUGUGGGUGACCUUUGUAACAUCUGGCUCGUUUGAGACAAUCUGUGUGAUCCUGACGGCAUGGAAGACAUGGAAACCGCAGAAUAAGAAAGAAAGCCCGACCUUGUAUCUCCUGUUUCACGAUGGAAUUCUUUACUACAUGUGUAUCAUUUCGCUCAAAGCAUUUACCCUCGUUUCAGCAUUUUUCCCUUCGACUCGGGCAUUCGCAUCCUCCAACAAUGACGAGCAUGCUCUGCUCUCAGAUCCAUAUCCGGCUGCAGCACUGCGUCCAACGGCGCGUCAGUCCAAUGCAGGUGUCCGAUUCAGUGCGGUUUGGAUCGACUGUAGGGCCGACUAA